GGUUCUCUGAUCUAGCCACCGUUCUUCUGAGAAAGUUCAAAUGGGGAAAAGUGUUUCUUGAAUUGAACAAAAAUCUCUUGGAGAAAUAUGCGGCCUGCCAUUGCCAGGAAGAGGUGCUGAAAGUUGAAAAGGAAUUUUUAGCAAGUGCAAAAGAAAGAGAAACUGAAGAUAUAGAUCCAUUUGAUGUUGACUCUGGAAAAGAAUUUUCAAAUCCUAAUAGACCAGCCAGCUCCAUAGGAAUGGCACAAUGUGAUGAAGAAUCUGGUGAAGAGGAUGGCAGUGACAGUGAUGAUGACAGUACAGAAGAUGACAGUGAAAAGCUUGCUGCACAAACAGCCAAUAAACCAGUUAUUUGGAAGGGAGUUAAAAAAAGACUAAAAGAUUAAAGAGUUUAUAAAAGUGAGUUUUGAAAAUUUGUAUAAAGAAACCAUCAACAUAAUUGAAAGGAAAAUUAAAAAAUGUUGUCUAGACUUUUUCCAUGAGCAGUGAAAUGACUUGGGCUCCACUCCUGCAACUGGGUUUUUGUAGGGGACCACUGUGUCUACUCCAUUGACUUCAGCAGGACAACAAGGAGGUACAGAGUCUGCCUGCAUAUAGCUCUCUAGUUGAAGCCUUUAUGUCAAGGCUUAUCUGCACAUUAGUUCAUGGCAUGCUGGGGAAUGAAUCUACCCUGCAAUAGUCUGCUGCAUCCUAACUGUCCAUGUGCAUACUGCUGAUGCACAUUAACAAUUCCUCUUUGAAAGGGGACUAAACUAAAGCUCAUUAGUGAACUGCUAAUGCACAUCAGCAGUGUGUACAUCAACAGUUUUUACCCCCAGCAGGACUGUUGUGCACACUGUGUAGAGUAUAAGUCCAAAAGUGAAUUGAUAACAUGGGGAGCUGGUUUCACUCUUUGGGGGUGAUGGAGUAGAGGGGAGUAGUCCAAGUAUCUGGUAAUUAAGGACUUGGCCUAGACAGAUUUUGGGAGACUUGGGACUGAAAAGUCUAUUGGGGUCACCUUGCAAGAAGUAACUAGGCUGCUGGAAGCCAGGUUGAGAUCCUUAUGCUUGUAUGCUGGCUACAAGUGUCAGGAUUUUGAGACAUAGUGGCAUAGCAUUAAGGCAUCCAGGGUUACAGGGCAUGCAGUGACAGAAUCCCCAAAACAUCAGUGGCCCAAGGAGGAACAAAGGAACAUAAAAGAAAACUGGUUCCAGUUAUUGCUUCUCUGCUCUUUGAAGCAGGAUGGCUUUUAGGGAUUUCUCAUCUCUAAACAGUAGUACUUUGUAGCUGACACAGAUCUUGCUGAAAAAGCUUUAUGUACUUUGUAUGACAUAUUAGGAUUGUGUGAUGAAGAUGGGGAUUUUGGUAAUAUUUCUAUGAUUCCUGUUUGCACCUCAGCCUCCCUCUAGGCUUUGCAUUGCUGUGUGCUGAGUGUAAGUGGAAGGGAUGAGGUGAAUAGUGGAUCCACAUUAGACAGUGGAAACCCCAGGGGCUGGGACAUUCAUGCCUAGCAACCAACAGACAAGAGAAAGGUGAUUUCCCACACACACUUCUCUUCAGGGAAGCACAGAGUAAAGGCCAUGAGUUGGCGAAUAAAGGCAAAAGGGGUCAGGUGGCUGGGUUAAGAGCUUGAGCACUCAGGGACAUAAGGCUCUGACCUGGUUCAGACAGAAACUGCUUCUGUAUGCUGAUCUAAGGACUUUCAGAUUCUUUUUGCCAGAUGACUAAUAAAUUGUUACCUUGUUUUGGAAA